AUGAUAGAGGUGCCCUUUACGGUAAAAUCAGAGCUCAUAGGCAAGCUUGGGAUCGAUGUCGCCCUUGAGGAAUACUCGUCGGAGCCCAGAGGCACGGUCCCAAAUGAGCCCUUCCUUUUCAACGCGAACGUUGAGGAAGUCGCCGAGUUCUUGCGACGAGAGUUAUUCUGUUCAACACUCGAAGAGAUACAUCAGCACCUAUCGUUCGUGGGUAAAAAGUCUGGGAGCCACAUCGACCCACUGCACGUACAUUUACUCAAGGGGCGAGAGGUAAAAAUUGUCGAAGAUCCGGAUCUGCAUCUCAUCUGGUAUUACAAGGAUCUAUACGUCAAGCCUCUACCACACUGCCUCCUCAGCUUCUCCUUCUGGAAGAAGCACUUGGUGGAUUAUUCGCCACCAGUACCCGAUCAAGCGAUCCUAUAUUCGGCAGCCUUAGGUUUCGUCCGUUCUUACGCCUUCCUCAUCCGUCAUGAAUCAGAUUUUCGCAUUGCACAAGAUAAGCACCUUGUCCCUCACAAGGUCUCAUAUCGCGACUUCCAGAGAUAUAUUCGGCACUUCUGUGAUGUCCGUGACAGUGAAGUAUCCCCUCGCUGGGAAUUUGGACAGCUACGUCUUACUCGCUUGAAUUGGGCAGUCCGGCUUGUCCAACCGUCCUCAAGAAGAGGCAAGGGCUUCCUGCAGCGGAUGUACUAUCUACAAGUUUACUGGCAGACAGGACAAUUCCUCGCGGUACUAGUGGCUCCGACACUGUUCAUUUACGCGUCGAUUUCUCUCUUGCUGUCUGCAAUGUCGCUCACUCAUGCUACGCGUUCUCCGAGAUGGGAUGCGCUUGAGAAUGUCAGCUGGGGGUUUGCCUUGGCUGUGAUCAUCAUGCUGGCAGUCUUGUGGUCAUGUAUCGCGGUUACUGUUGCGGGGAUACUGCUCUCGCAGCUUGUAUUUGCUCUCAAAAACAAGAGCAAGCCCAAAUUAAUACAUAAUAGCAGCUUCCCUAAUUCUUAG